ACGCUUCAGCCAAAUUCUUGGCAAAACACUGCUGUGUCUGAUCAUAGUGAUUGCUGAACCAUCCAGCGUCAUUCAACCACUGGGCCUCUCUGAGAAGCUGCUCUUGGGAAGGCCAGAGGCCAUGGGACCCUGAGAACCACAGAUUGGGAAGAGAAAAUUAAGCAUUUACUGUAUGUAUGAGGAAUGGAGUUAUUAGGGACUAGGGUUCACUGCUUUGAUUCCUGCCCUACACAGCCUAACAGUACAGCUGUUAGACAAGAAAGAAACAAUGUGGCAGUGGAGGAUGGACUUGCUGUGGAUAUGUUGGCAAUGACAGGCUUUCUAGGAUGAAGGGAGAAGGAAAACGGUAGAAGUGAGUUUAUAUGGACUUUAAGGUGCAAAAUGUGUUGUAAUACUCAUUUGUGAAGGGUGCUCAGCUCCAUUAUGAGGAGCUGGUGUUAAGGGACUAAGUCAUAUCAGCAAGAAAAAGCAGGGACAGGAACUAGGCUGUGCAGAAAACCAGGACUCUUCACUUAAAAAGGAAGAUGAGGGGCUAGUCCACGCUGCACCAAUGAGGGAAUGGGGUCCUAAGAGGAAGACAAUGAGUAGGAGGUCCAGGAAUGAGCUGAGGAAGAUGUUUGAAUAACAAGUUGAGGCUAUCACUUUCGCCCUGAGGAAUAGACAAGCCCCAGAUUCAGACCUCUUGGCUGAAUAAAGUCUUAUCUAUAACCAUCCCCAAGUGCUACUUACUUAGCUGACUUGACUUAAAAAUCCAGCAAGGUGGGGGAGGAGCCAAUCUGGGCCCCUCCCCCAACCAUUGUGUCGGGGAGGAUAGUGAAUGAGAGGCCAGAUUCUGGCCAAUCAGGAUGAGGUAUGUAAAUGAGCAUCCUGGGAGGCUACGAGGGUAGGAUUCCAGUGCACUGUGCGGUAGAGCUUUAAAGGGUGCUGAAUGAGUGAACCCCUAGAAGCACAGCAGAGACUCUGGUAAGCAGGUUGGGGGCUCCAGGAUGCCUCAGGUCUGAAAGAAGGAAGUCUGGACACACAUUUGGACCCAGACACAGUUGCAAACAAAAGGCAGUGACUUGGGAAUGUCCACAGAUGAGUGACCGGUCCAAGCAGGGAAAGUUGGGACGUCUGGAGGACACAAGUACAGGGAAUGAAGGGGUCCAUGGAGGCCUGGACCUAACUUUACUUCCUCUCUCCGCCCCAUACAGAGGAGUCUGCAUCUGUGCUAUAGGACCUGAAGAAGGAAGCAGAAAACAAAUUUAAUUAUCCACAUCAUGGCGAGGUGCCGCCACCACUCAGGUUAUCUGGCUGACGACGAGGCUGCUCACGGCACCUAUGUGACUCGGCUGCCCAAGAAGCAUCUGUUGUCAGAGAUGAGGCCAACUUGCAAGCUUGGGCGUGUACCACACCUACCAUCAAUGAACCGAUACUCAGAGCGCCAGAGCCACCAGCAAAACCUUAGGCGCCCUCGGGCAUUUGGUGGCUUCCUGGAUUUCCUCACGGAGGGUCAGGUACUGGACAGCUUGCAGACAGUCGUGGAGCAGGCAACAGAAUGUGUGGCUACCAUGAAGACAGAGGCUGGAGUGCCACUGGUGGAUGUACAAGACCCAGUGGAGAUGCCAAAUAGUAGGCAUCGUUCUCGAGGCAGACCCAGCAUCAACACUGUGCAUCGGCACCGUGCUCGGCCCACGCUGUGUGCUGGGCACCCAAACAAUUACCCAUCUUGCUCCAGCUCCAUGUCUGACUCCCAUAGCAGCGUCACAGCUGGAUGGCUGGGGUCCCGCAGCCAAGACAGUGACCUGGGUGCCAGAGGCGUAGGCUCAUUGCCACCCAUGAGGGACAAACUCCUGCUUGAGAAAAAUCUCAAGAGGCUGCUACGACUGGAAAGCAAAGGGAAAUCAACACGGAAUCAACACUGCUCCCAGAGGGAUUCCCUGCUAUGGGACUCACUGGGCAGCCAGAGCAGCAGUCAGCCGACCCGGGAACAGCCCCUGUCUUGGUUCUCUGGGCUUCUGGCCUCCACUUCAGUCACCCCUGAAACUUCAGAGUUGGGACUCGGAGAACAAGAGAUGAUUUUCCUCAAACAAGAAUUAAACAAGGAGAUAAAGUCACUGCUGAACCAGCCAACCUCCUUCAACCUGCCUACCUAUUGUCCACUCAGGGAACCCCAUCGUACCCUGGAUUUCCUGUCUGAGCAUCACCUCUUUCCAGCCCUGCAGCGUGUGGUCAGCCAGGCUGUAGACAAACUGAGCCAUGCCUGCCGCUACAAUGGCUUCCCCCUCUUCCCUGUUACCUCAGAGCUGUCUCCAGUGUUUCCUGGGAACUUCGAUCUUCAACCCAGCUCUAAGGCUUCCAUACCCACCGACAGGGAGGCUAGGGGAGAGACUUGUUAUUCUCCCACCUCGGCCUCCAGCCCUAAGACAUCUCACAGAAAAAGCAAGGACAGAGGGGGCUCCCCAUCUAAUGCAGUCCAGACGGCUACCAGAUUCAGGCUCAAGGUGACACCUACAGAAGUCCCUAAUGUCCCUGUCCCCUCAUUGCACUGCAUGCUGAAGUCUCCUAACUCUGACCUCAAAUUGCAGAAACAAACUACAGCCUCAGACCACAACCAUAUACCGCAGCCCCGCCAUGGCCUGCACCUCACCCUGCCUGCCCCUGGGAUCACAGUGGAGGUGGCCUCCUGCCAGGGCCAACUCAGGGGCCAGGUCCAGCAUAGUCUUGCCACUCCCUGCCAUCUCCACUCCCAUUUCCCUUUCCCUGUGUUCUCCCCAUUCCUUCCCCUGGGAAACUUUUCCACUUCCCCUCCUACACUGUGUCCUGAGGUGUCCUCCAGAGCAGGGCUGGAGGUCUUGGAGGGACAUUUGAAGGGAAGGGGCUGCUUGACCCAUCACUUCUAGUAGCCACUGUUACUGGCAAGGUGCCCAAGGACAAGAUCUCUUGCCCUGCACUGUGGAACUCCUCCGAGGUAGAU